AUGUUCUCCUCUGCCGUUCAGCCAGGCCUGGUGUCGCUCUUCUCGUCCACGGGAAGCGACCCACUCGGUUUAUUCUCAUCUCAUACGGACACCUCUCUUCCGUCUGACUCCUUCAUGUGUCUUCUGAAAGAUUACACGAGGCUUCCGGCACCACCGCCUCCGGCAACCCUUCGAUCUUCACUUGACGAUCCCACCGAGGACAGUACGAAUCCCGAUUAUAUGUUGACACAGACUGUACUCCAUAUUCAGUCGCCCACUCUGAGGACGACAUAUGUGCGUUGCCCCCCAGUGCUCGCAGGCUCGGAAGCCCUCCGUGGGAGCGCCGGUCGUUCCGGCCGCAAUGAACUUGGGAUACAGCAUCCUUGGCUCUGUCUACAAGUUCGCAACCUCGGCAAAGAAUGGUCCUUUGAGAUUGGGAUCGUGGAUCAAGCAGGAAGGGAGGGCAUCGUCCGAUGCUCGACGUUCCAGAAACAACCCCGCUUGAAGUUGGCGAAUUCCCCGCUGCUUCAUCUUCCGUUGUCGUUCCCACCGUCAUCCUCCAACCCGCUCACAUCAUGGUGCACCAUCGCCAUCAAUUUACCCUCGUUACUUCCAUACUUCUCCUCUGCGACCCUGUCCCGUAGCGAUGAAGAAGAGCACGAAGAAUCCGAUGACGACGGCCGGCCCUGCAUUGGUAGCGGUGGGCGGCCUAAUACAGGCGCUUUGUUGCCCAGCGGGCCAUACUCUCAUGUGUCGUACGUCAAGAUUUACGCCACCUGUCGGGUACGCAGAAUUUGGUUCAGUGAAGAAGGCCCAAGGCAGAAGUUGCCUUGGGAGUUUCAACUGUAUGGCACCGACUGA